CCUCUGCGCUGCAACUCUACGUGGAUCCUCCACACGCUCAAGUAUCUUCAGAAUCCUGAGGAAAACAAAGACAGGCCAAGAGUAGAAACCACAGAGGACAUGCCUACUGACAUGAAUUUCUGCCAGAUGCCCCCGAGAUUAGAAGCAGAAGAGCUGAAUGGAUCGUGUGAGAGAUUGGUGUCCUUUGAGGAUGUGACCGUGGACUUCAGUCAGGAGGAGUGGCAGCAUUUGAACUCUGCCCAGAGACGCCUGUACCAGGACGUGAUGCUCGAGAUCUACAGCCACCUCUUGGCAGUGGGUGAAUUAUUACAGCUUGACACACCACGUCAACAAACUUUUGUGAAAGCUUCACUUCUAAAUGAUGCGUCCAGCGAAGUCGCAGGACAUGGUUCAUCUUGUUCCGUUUUAGAGAGACUGUGGCAGGGCGGGAAAACUACGGCAAAGACAGAUGAGCAAAGACAGACCCCACCCGUAAAUCCUCGUGCUCUCCCAAGUCAGAAAGCACUGAGCAGAGACGGUGGCUGUGACUGUGAAGAAACUGGAGAGUCUCUUCUUUUGGGACCCCACCUUAUUUCUACACAAUAUGUACCUCCAAGGGGCUUCUCACUGGCAAAAAGUCUGAAGCCUAACCUUGAAGCCCACAGUGACAAUCAAAGCAGUGCCACAAAGCAGGUUAGUGACAUUGGAUCCCAUCAGAUUUUCACACAAGGCUCUUCUAAUAGUGUGUGUACAAUUCCUCAUCAAAGAGAGAAAUCAUACAGUGAAAGUCAGUUUGGAAACAUUCUUUCUCCCAGUCUACCACUUAUGGAGCAUGAAAUUAAUUUUCAAGACAAAGCAGUUGACUAUACUGGAUGUGGGAAGGUCUUCACUGCUGAGUCAGCUUUCUGUCAACAACAAAUAACUAACAAUAUGGAGACGUCUUUUAUCUGUCACACGUGUGGGAAGACCUUUCUCCACAAGUCUAAGUUGACCUCCCAUCCAGACACUCAUAGAGAAGAAACACCUUAUGAAUGUCCUGACUGUGCAAAAUCACUUAGGAGUAUGUCCAGCCUGCAGGUGCACCGUGACAUCCACACAAAGGAGAAGCGUUAUGAGUGCCAUGUGUGUGGGAAAUCAUUCAGCUAUACCUCCCACCUCAAGGUGCACCUUCGAACACACACUGGUGAGAAACCGUAUGCAUGUUCUGACUGUGGGAAAGCCUUCAGCCAAAAGUCAGUCCUCACCAUACAUCAGAGAAUUCACACUGGAGAGAAGCCUUACACAUGCAGUGACUGUGGGAAAAUGUUUGUCUGUGCAUCCGAUCUGACGAAGCAUUGUCGAUUUCACACAGGGGAAAAGCCUUAUGAAUGCCCUGACUGUGGGAAAUCUUUCAGUAUUAAAUCUAACCUGCUUGCACACCAUCGAAUCCACACCAGUGAGGGACCUUACAAAUGCUUUGACUGUGGGGAAUCCUUCAGGAAAAUAUCCCAGUUGAAGGUACAUCAUCAAAUUCACACCGAUGGAAGAUCUUUUGUGUGCUCUGACUGUGGGAUGGCCUUCAGCCAAAAGUCAGUCCUCACCACACAUCAGAGAAUUCACACGGGGGAGAAGUGCUACCCAUGUAGCGACUGUGGAAAGUUGUUUCUGUAUGCUUCAGAUCUGAAGAAGCAUUGUCGAGUUCACACAGGGGAGAAGCCUUACAAAUGCCAUGACUGUGGGAAAUCAUACAGUGUGAAGUCACACCUACAUGUGCAUCAUCGAAUUCACACUGGCGAGAGACCUUACACGUGUGAUGACUGUGGGAAGUCAUUCAGAAGAAACUCUCACCUGCAGAUGCAUCAGCAAACUCACACUGGUGAGAAGCCUUACAAAUGCUCUGACUGUGGGAAGUCAUUCCGGAGAGCAUCCCACCUGAAGGUCCAUCAUCGAAUUCACACUGGGGAGAAACCUUAUGUGUGUUCUGAGUGUGGGAAGGCCUUCAAUGAUAGGUCGGUUCUCAGCACACAUCAGAGAAUUCACACUGGAGAAAAGCCUUACAUAUGCAGCGACUGUGGGAAAGCCAUGUCUUCUAAAGCCAAUCUCAAAGAGCAUCAGCGAAUUCACACGGGCGAGAAGCCGUAUGUGUGUGCUGAAUGUGGGAGAGCCUUCAGUGAUAAGUCCUCUUUCUAUAGACAUUGUAAAAUUCACAGUAAGGAGCGAUCUUUUGUCCGUAACAAAGCAGAAAAAGGCUUCCUGCAGAAUUCCCACGGGACAUCCUACGAGCACACUCACAGUGCAGAGAAGCUAUAGUGACGCCCUGUCUAUGGGAAGUCUGUCACUGUGAUGUGUCAGCUGAAGGUGUGUCACCAGGUCACCCAUAUUACCAUCACUGGAGCUGUGGGAUACUGUUGGCGCACCAUCCAUGCCAUACUGGGAAGAGACAUUAUUUGUGUUGUGAAUGCACCAAGUCCUUCAAAAUCAUGUCAUUUCAGUAGACUCGAGUGUUCAUACCAGGCAAUCUUCUUAAAGACACCUGAUCAUAUAAAAGAA